AUGGGGAACAUUAGUAGUGAAAUUAUUUUUGUGAUAAUCAUGCCACGAGCCGCCACCAAGAAGCAAUCCGAGAAAUUUAAUCCCUUCGACCCUAAAGUAUCUCCUGUUCAGUUGCUCGAAUUUUUGCGGUUCAGGGCCGCGCCGAUUGAACUGGUGGACACCAAUGUUGAUACACCUGUAGCCGUGCUACAAGCCUUAGCCGCAAAAUUCAGUGAUCCCAUCUUGGCUUCCCAUGCUACGUCAGCCGCUGGCCGGAAAGAAUCAGCGCAAGGACCACGCAACCGCCCCACCGGAGGGCCCGCCGCCGCUGGCCAGAAAGAAACCUCCCAAAGACCAUACCCCUCUCGUAACCGUAACGCCGCUGGCCGGAAAGAAUCAUCUCAAGGACCAUGGGACGGUCCUUCCGGUUCCGGAUCGACUCAGGCUAAACUAGAUCAUCCCUCCUCUGGGCAAUCCAAACCCGUAGGCGAAGGAAGUAAACCAGAAACUAUUGAGAAGACCGAUGAGGAACCGUGCCUCAGUAGCGAACUGUCGGCGAUUGCAUCUGAUGAUGAUGUCAGCGAGAGCGCGAGUUCAACGGACGUUGGUUUGGUCGCAAAAGGUAAAGAUAAACGGGUGAAAUCGAAAAGCGGUCAACAGAUUGCGCAAAAGCAAAAUUUAACAGACCCAAAAACAUCUAGCCGAUCGGUGGUUAUAAACAGUUCAGACAGUGAAACGACUUCAAGGAAGCGUUGCCAUUCACAAUCAGCCGGUGUUCAUCCAUGUGACGGCUCUCGAAAACCAAAGAAGGCCAAAAACGUUCAACCCGCUCAUCAACCAUUGCGCACAACCCGAAAAGCCGACGCAGUUCUUGAUCAACAUGGCGCCCACGGAGAUGCAGUUGCUUCGGCGGUUAUCAACCAUUCGGACAGUGAGACGAGUUCGAGGAAACAUCGCCAUUCACAAUCAGCCAGUGUCCAACCACGUGACGGGCCUGGGCCUCGAAAGCCAAAGAAGACUAAAAAGCUCCAGAUUCCUCGAACAUUGCGCACCAAACAUUCAGCCAGCGCAGCUGUCAUUCAAAAAAGCGCUGAAGGACCAGUGAACAAGAAAGUGCGCCUGGUUUCCCCAAUUGGUGUCGAUUUUUUAUCCGAAACCGAGUCCUCAGCCUUGAUCACGUUUGAGCCGGACGAUCUCAUGAUGAAAACUUUCGCGGAAAAAAAGAUGUCCGAAUGGCCACCUUUACUCCCAUUCGUAGAGAAAACCUCAUCCGAUUACAAGAAUAAUAACCCCGCGCAAGGAGCUGUUCCAGACACAUCCAAAAACAACGCUUUAGAUUCCUUUCUUCGUUGCGAGAUAAAAGAGCAGGAAGAACUUUUCUCACGGCUUGUUGUUCAAUCGGAAGAAACGGUGAAUAUGACAGUGAUGGAGGUCAUGGAUACCUUAAAUCAGAAUAUACUAAAUUCACCCAAGAGUCCCAAAAAAGAUCCGGCUCAGUGCGCACCGCUUGAAGAUUUAGAUGAAGACGCUUGGCUCGAAAAACUCUUCAUUGCCGGCCUUCUGACUCCACCCUCACCCCAGCCGAGAAGCCCUAUUCAGAUGCCGACCGCAUCUUCAUCAGAUCCCGACGAAGAGGAUGAAUUGGCUGACACCCCCAGUCCUCCCAAAGUGGACGAUCGGAAAAAUGAAUUCAAAGUUCAGGCUCUACCACUUGAGGACCAAGUCCCGAACAAAAACGGUGAAAUCGGGUCAGUCAGGAAUUUGCCGUGGCUGUUCCAAUCGCCGGAGCCUGAAUACCAGUGUUGUUUCAAAAGUGAUCCUUUUGAAGAAAUCUACCAACAAUAUCGAGGUCAAAACUGCCCCACUCCCAUGCUGGAAAUCAAGCCCUCAGUCACUCUUUCUGCAAGCAACAGCGAAACUGAGAACAUUGUCCCUGGUCCAUCUGGCCGCAAUCGAGAACUUUUUGGUACAGUUUCAAUAAGCAGCAACAGCCGUCAAUCAAUGUCACCACAUUAUCGGCCAAACCGCGAAUGGCAUCAGCCAUACAAUACAAGAGCAAGAAGUGUGCCUUCCGGAUUGUAA